GCAGAGCCUACUCAUCCUGGCCCUGUGCUCUCUCUCUCUCCCCUCUUAUAGUUCCCACUUUCUGGCCGGGAGAGCAAAUUUCCUUUAACAAAGCCUCCUUUCUCUCUCCCUCUGCCCGUAUAAUUUCAGAACAGAAGGCUACAUAUCGAAGAUUAAGAAUUUGAAUCUCACGAAGCCGUGAGAGCUCUUCUUAACAACUGCAAUAUUAUUCAAUCCCUCGUCGAAAACCAAAAAAAAAAAAAAACAGAAAUUAAGCGGUAAAAAUGGUGUCGGCAAACAAGGAGAUGGCUGUGUACUGUUUCGACACCCUCGUCGCUCACUACAACAGCGAGGAUGCUCCUCCCCCUGCCUUCGAUGAGGGUCAACACCCUUUGUUUGUUACCUGGAAGAAAGUGGUGAAUGGUGGGGAGCCUCGACUUCGAGGUUGUAUAGGAACACUAGAAGCACGCUACUUGGUUAAUGGCUUCAAAGAUUAUGCACUGACCAGUGCUCUCAAGGAUCGCAGAUUUCCACCCAUACAGGCUAAGGAAUUGCCUUAUUUGGAGUGUACAGUAUCUAUUCUUACUGAUUAUGAAGCUGCUGACCACUACCUUGAUUGGGAGGUAGGAAAGCAUGGUAUAAUUAUUGAGUUUAUUGAUCCUGACCAUCAUACAAGGCGAAGUGCCACUUACCUGCCUGAAGUAGCUGCCCAUGAAGGUUGGACAAAAACAGAGGCCAUUGACUCUUUGGUCCGCAAAGCAGGCUACAAUGGCCAAAUUACCGAGUCACUCAGGAAGCGUUUACAGCUGACUCGUUACCAAAGCACUUUAUUUACCAUGAACUACAGUGAGUAUGUCUCCUAUGUGAAGGAGACAAGAGGCGGGCCUGCCUUUAUUCUUGGGGCAAAGCCACAUCACUGAUGCUUCUUACAGCCAAUCUUUGCUGAAAACAAAGAAUUCCUAUACAUGAUUCUGAUUCAAUUGUCUGUUGGGUUGGAUCUGAUUUCUUCUCUAGCCCCAGAUACUGUUGUAAUUGUUGCAACUUUUCAUUCUUCAAAUUCAUUUGAUUUUGAAGAAACCUAUUUAUCACUGAACUCAGCUUCUGUGACUGUCUACUACUAUCCACCUUUUUCAGCAGCGCAAGUACGCUGCAGAAAUCUCGAACUGUUUUAUAUGUAACUCUUAUGAAUGACUGAUAUUUCAACUUUUUCUCUGCCA